GGGCUCGAUGGCCUAUUGCGACUACCAUCCAAAGGGAGGGGAGAGACGGUGAGGGGGGAGGGGGAGAGGGGGCUUCGAGUGGCGAGCCGGGACAGGGUGCGCUUGCGCGAAACUCGCUGCGCCUUCGGCGAACGACAGCGGAAUUAAGUGUUGCGGAGGGUCGAGAGCGAGCUCACUGACUGACCGACUGACUGACAAUCGGAAUCGGUGCCCACUUGCAGAGCGUACUUUGUCCGGGGGCGUCCUGCCACGAGCAGUAUGCACAUUGGAACGAGCGCGGGAGGAGAGCGAGACCGGUAGCGUCGGUAGCGUCAUCGCUCGGGACUUUUAUCGUCAUCCUCUUUCGAGAGGAGAAGCCUCGCGAGCGAGCGAGGGAGUCCUCCUCCAUCAUCAUGGCUAUGAUCCCCAGGCAUUCGUUGGUUGAUCCUGCUUCCCGCUGUCGCUGCCUCCGCACGGCUCUCGCCCGAAUUGUGUACACCGUGGAUCCGCACACUCUCGCUCGCAGCGUGUUGAUUGCUCGCACAGGGGGAGGCAUGGCGGGCCGGGCCUGAGGCGAUGAUGAUCCGAAUGAAGAAAGCUUGCGGAAUCGAGUUGUAGGUGCUGGAAUGUCAUGUCAUGGUUUUGGGUUGAGCUUGCCGCACCAUCAGGCAGAGGCUCACGGACACUUUCAGACGCCGGCAGGCAGGCGGGCAGGCAGGAAGACAGGAAGGCAGGCGAGCGAGUGAGCGAGUGAGCGAGCAGCAGCAGCAGCAACAGAAGAAUUGAACCCAGCGCGAUGCUAGAUUUGUACACAGUGGUGAGGGUGCAGGCUUGAGAAGCGCUCGUAUUCGUCCUGGAGUCGAUGCAGCUACGGACACAUGGACAGAGGAUGCUCGAGCUCGAGCUGCGAGGGCGGCCUUGCAGGCACCGACGAGAGAGUGACUAGGCACCGAUGAUGAUGAUGAUUAUUAUGUUAGUCCGGCAGCGCUAAUCCCCCGUCGCCCGAGGCACACACCCCACAAGCGAAUCAUGGUCGAUCUAAUGCCACCGCCGGGCUACAUCCCGCCCGCGCCCGUGGUGCACGCCAGCAGCAGCAGCAACAACAACAGCGGGGGCAAGACCGCCUUCAGCCCGGCCGUGGUGUCCAUCAUCGCCGUGCUGGGCUCGGCAUUCCUCGUCGUGAGCUACUAUCGGAUCUUCGCCAAGCUGUGCACGCGAUGGCAGAACCGCCGGGAUAUCUUCGAGCUCGAGGGCCAGCCCACGGGCAUGGACAGCGACGCCAAUGUGUCGCCGCUCACCACGCACGGGCUCGAGCAAUCCCUGAUCAAGAAGAUCCCCUUCUUCGUGUUCAAGACGGGCGACGCGUUCACCGCCGACACCGAUUGCCCCGUCUGCCUCUCGGAAUUCCUCGACCACCAGGAAUUGCGCCUGCUGCCCAAGUGCGCCCACGCCUUCCACGUCGCCUGCAUCGAUACCUGGCUCAGCACGCACUCCACUUGCCCUCUGUGCCGAGCGCCCAUCUUCCCCGAGGACCAAAUCCGCCAGUCGCUCCACGGCGCAUUCGGGGCUGAGAUGCAGACCCCGCCUGGCACCGAGCGCAUGGAGUUCACGCUGGGCGACGGCGUGCGCUUCGGGCCGUUGGGCCACGAGCGCAUGUCGGCCUCGCCCACGCUCCGAGGGCUGCUGAAUUACGAGGACGCGCACUCGAUCUGGAUCCCCAACACGGCGCGCGACGGCGGCGCGUCGCGCGAUGGCGUGCUGUCCAUCGACUCAGGAGAUGACUCUCGGCGCUUCUUCGACUCGCGCGACGCCGGCUUGGCCAAUUCGAAUCGCAACUCGGGCAGUGAGAGUCGCGGCGCCCCGGGCUUCUCGACGCCCAUGGGGCAGCUGGGGCCGCUUACGCGCACGGCCAGCUGCAAGGAAUCGUCGCACAGCCGAUCGCGCGACCGCGACCACAAGUGGCACAUUCCGCCGCGGCGCCCGUCGUUCCGCAAGAAUCCCUUCGCGCUGGUGGUGCGGUCCUACUCCAUGGGCGCGUCGCGCCGGCACGUGCGCGCGCUGGAGUUCCUGGAUCUCGACGAAUUCCGCUCGACGCAGAGCAAGAGCCCGCCGGAGUUCUUCGGCGCCACUCCCGCCUCGACGCGGUCCGUCCUCUCGUCGGACACGCCCACGAGCGAGCGCACCAAAGCGGGCGCGGACGGCGCGGGGCCGAGCUCGCGGAGCCGCGACGGCGCGCCGCCCCCGGGCGCCCUCGGCAGCCUCGACAGCAGCCUCGACCUCGAGAAGGCCGAGGCGUCCAUCAAGAGCUCGUCCGCGCGCGGGCGCUCCAAAUCCUUCCGCAGCCCGUUCACGCUGAAGCGGUCCCUCUCGGGCGGGCGGUCCAUGUUCUCGUUCCGGAUGGAUCAGCUGAGCAGGGGCCGCAUUUUCUCGAUGGAUUCUCCCCCGAAUUCCUGACUGACAGGUCCAAUGUCAUGGCUGUAAAUACGCGCCGAGGCUGGCUGGCUGUGAGUAGAUGUGUUGCUUGAGAACUCGACGACACGCAGACGGAGUCUGGCUGGUUGAUCUGGCUGGUUGAUUUUUUGCUUCCGCGCUCGAAGUCGGGGCCCUGAGGGAUAAUUGGAUUGAUGAAAGGAUGGAAGGAGAGCGAACGAGUGCAGUAUCUCCGGACCAUUAACUGGCACGAGCGGACUGGCUUGCUUGACAACUCUGCGAGAUUCAUCGAGCCGGUCGUCGAGCUACCAGGCUUGUAGAUUGUUCGAAAUCUACCAUGAUUUGCGGCAAAGUCUGUCCCUGUUCUGGUUUGCUGCAACGGAAUGUUCAUAGCACCUUCCUCCGAAGGAUAGAGUCGAAAUGUAGUGCAGUGCUGUGCAAGUGCAGUGUGGGUGGGCCACGGAAGGGUUUAGCGCGACCAGAGCCAGGGCUCGAUUCAAGGAUUCAAUGGCUCACCCAAUCUUCUUCUUCUUCUUCUUCUUCUUCUCUCGGGUAUCGGCACACGAAUCCUCGGGCUGGGUUUGACAAUCCAGUCCUCCGAUUUAAUCAGCGAGGUGUUUUGGUGAUUCUGAUCCCAUCCAGAAAAUGUUAAUAUCAGACGUGAAUAGGCAUCUACUCUCAGAAACGAUGAGGUCCAUUCCAAGUAUUUGUCUUGGAUCUUCACUCGUGAAACCUCAUCCAUCUAUUGCUGUGUAUGUUAGUCGUGUUGCCGGUGAUUUCUGGGCGGACGAAUUUUCUUUUUAUCACGGAGCUAUGUUCUACCGACCGGGCAGACUUCAUCUGAAUCUGUACAGAACAGAUCGGUGGCUCCGUCAGGGUAGAACAAUCUGGCUCCACUUGUGAAAUGCUCAGCCGAUAAUUGAAAUUCCCAGCAGGGGUUUGAUCUGUACACUCACUCACUCAUUCUCUCAUCUCUCGAUGGCAGUAUUUCGGUUCUCUCCCGGUUUGCUCAAACUUUGGACUUGCUGAACUUCGUUCUCCUUCUGCGUCUGAUGAGUAUGAUGAUGAGGACAUUGCGAGUGGGUUCAGCUUUUUGUCACUCUUUCUUUUUCCUUCAGCCGCAGAAUCUCUGUGCGUGGGCCCGUUCCCUUUAGUGGUUAUUGCGGCCGAGGGAAAUUCUGCUGACGUCCGUCAUGAUCUCAACCGUGAGCUAGAAGGAAGCCACGAGUCGGGGGCCGAAACCAACUUCCUGAAAUGCAAAAAACGGCUACGGCUGGAUCACGAAACCUCCUUCGACGGGUCAACAUCAAUCAUGUUCGUUUGUGCGGAGACGCCGCGACGUGGGCUCUAUCGCAGGCCACGGUCGAAAGCUAGAAAGGUAAGCUCCCGAGCUCGAUCAGCAUUGUGGCGUCUGUAUUGCCCACCGCCUUGCACAAGUUGUGAGCUCCUUCAUCCUGGGCCGGGGAAACAAGCGAAAGCUCUUGUGACAUUCUGCGCGAUUUCUUUCAUGGGGCCUGCAGCUGGCGUGGCUUCUUGAUUCGUGGCUGGUCGUUAAGCUCAACAUACGUGUUGUGGUGGGCUCCAUCGGCCAUCGUCCUUCGGUGGAGAAUGUACCAUAGGUCUGCCUGCACAUGAAGCACCAUAUCAGAGUGUGGAAUCAGUUAGCCCCUUGGGACUGGGCACGAGAGUUGCCACCACAAGCCGUUCCACAGGACCGUGUAAGGCCACAAGAAUUAACUCUAAUUUGCCACGAUUACAUGCCUGAACCAGUUCCCAUAUGAAUCAGGUACAGGCCCGAGGACGUACAACAGACGGACAUUCACCAAUGUCUGGUUUCGGAAUAUAUCCUCUCGAGGUCUUAAAACAGCGAUGCCGUUCCAUGCAGCGAAAUUCCAUUUCGUGAUGAACCUUUUCACAUAAUUUGUUUGUGCAAAAUACAUAACAGAGACCACUGACGGUACAUGAUGUAGCUACGACGAUCUUUUAUUCAGAAGAAAUGAGGGGAGAGCAACAGAGGCAUCUGCCUCUUCCCUCGACAUGUGCAUACGUUACUUCGAACAAUAAAUUCACUAUUUUAGCAGUAAGUGUCCAUGGUCUUGUUUGAAUCUCAACAUAAGAUCAUUAUCCAGUCGUGAGAUGCGAAUCCUACUGUUCUGCUUGUGCAUGACCGAGCAACCUCUUCAGCUCGAGCCUUGAAGCAUGUUAACAGUCGGUUACAAGCAUUGUAGCUCGAAUCAUACCGAC